GUUGCGCUGGUCAUGCAACGAAGACUUCACGGUGUAGAAACAGCGAGAUGAAGAGCGGCAUUAGUCCGGCAUCAUGUGCCCCAGGCUCCCAAGGACCGCCUGCUUUCUACGACUCACUAUCCUCUGCAUCAUUCUAUCACAAACAUCAGCUUAUUUCGGGUUGAUAGGCAGGGAGUUUCUGCCGGCUCCCAUACCCAGCGAUGCCCAGUCGGAUAAAGCGCACUUUAAGCAGUGUGAACAGCUGGCACUGAACCGUCGCCAGAAGCGUCUUUGUCGGCGGGACCCGGGCUUGGCCGAAACUUUGCGGGAGUCCGUACGCCUCAGCCUGCUGGAGUGUCGGUACCAGUUCAGAAACGAGAGGUGGAACUGUAGCCUGGACGGCCGUGGCAGCCUGAUAAAGCGAGGCUUUAAGGAGACGGCAUUCCUGCUGGCCAUCUCGUCGGCAGCGCUGUCCCAUGCGCUGGCCAAGGCGUGCAGCUCGGGCCGCAUGGAGCGCUGCACGUGUGACGACUCACCGGAGCUGCAGCACCGCGAGGCUUGGAAAUGGGGCAUAUGUGGGGACAACCUCAAGUACAGCACCAAGCUCCUCAAGAACUUCCUGGGCAGCAAGCGGGUCAGCAAGGACCUGAGGGCUCAGAUCGACUCCCACAACGUUAACGUGGGCAUUCGUGCGGUCAAGAGCGGCUUGAAGACCACGUGCAAGUGCCAUGGCGUGUCGGGCUCGUGUGCCGUGCGCACCUGCUGGAAGCAGCUCUCCUCGUUCCACGACACCGGCCGGCUGCUCAAGUUCCGCUACGACUCCGCCGUGCGCGUGUACAGUGCCACCAAUGAUGCCACGGGGGAGACGCAGCUGGCGGGGGCCCGUCGCCACAGCAACGGUCCUCGCCCCACCGACCUGGUCUACCUAGAGGAUUCGCCCAGCUUCUGCCGUCCGUCCCGUUACUCUCCUGGGACUGCGGGACGUCCCUGUGCCAAGGACACCAGCUGCCAAAGCUUGUGCUGUGGGCGUGGCUACAACACGGCCCUGCGGCUCACCACACUGUCGUGCCACUGCCAGGUGCGCUGGUGCUGCCACGUGGAAUGCCAGACCUGCGUGAGGGAGGAGGAAGUCUACACCUGCAAGAAACACUGAGACCCGCAUUCAGCCACAUGGUCAUGGGGGGGGAAGUAGGGCCAGUGAGAAGAGCAGCAGAAGUGAUGGGAUGCAGGGCUGUAUGAUCUGAGGAAAUGUGCCGUGAUGUUUAGUAUGACUCACUGUCUCUCCUCCCUUAUGGCACCAAUAAGCAUACAUAUCCAUACAGUUCAUACCAUAUGUAUACCAGUCAUCUGUUUGCCAGUGAAUUGGUGCAAACAGGAAGCAGGAAUACCUCAAUGCAAACCACACCAAAGACUAUCCCUAAAGGGAGAACUAAAGACGAAACGUCAAGUCUUAACCUUCUCCGUGCAGCGUUCCAUAUAAACUGAAUGAGGGAUUCACAGUACAUGAUUGUGAGCGCUGUCAGAAGGGUUUGGCCACGUGUCCCAUCAGCAUGGACAGGCCUGUCACCCUGUGUGCUGAUAGGAAUGAGAUCUAAACAGGGUGUGGAGAACCACCAUCUAUGGGUGCUACGUGUGAAACGGAUACUGAAGUCUGGAGGAUGGACUUUUGGUUGUGUUUGGGACCUGAGGUCACCAGUUAUUGAGGGUAACACCGACUGAGUGUGUCCAACCUUCGGCGACCAUUUUCUCUAUUGUGCCAAUUGGUGCCUGCACCUUCCCUGUGCCACCAUCUUUGCUGCUGGUUUGCUGCCUGUGUUCUCGUCUCAGAAAUCUCUACGAUUGUGUAGAAACUUAAUGUGGGUUCUUAUACCUGCUUUCUGCUGUACGAAGAAGCAAGUGUGUCCUGGUGUAAAUACUGGAAUAAUAAUUAGCACUUAUUUCCCAGCUGUGUACUUAGAUUUUCAUAUACAAUUACCAGGUUGAACAUUGUGUUCAGAGGAUGUCUGAUCCACCAGUUGAUUAUGGAUCUUGCUGAUUUAUUGUCUUGAAAAUUUGGUUACUCUUUUACCACCUGUUAUGUUCAACUGUGUUUUCUGCCUCAUUGUAUGUUGUACUUGACCACUUCCCCGAGAUUACUUUUGUGGUUAGGUUUUGCUCUGUGUUAUCCAGAGUAUAUGUAAUGCCAGUUAACAGUUUUCCAUGCCUUAAUAUGUUUUAAUUUGAAAUAAGUAAUUUUUCUUGGAGUAAUUAUUACCCAGGGCUGAUGUUUAGACAAUCAAAAUAUAGUCAGUUCUCCAUAAAUCUCCAGGGGGUUCUGCAUCCAAUCUCCCAUGGAUACCAGAACCCACAGAUGCUCAAAUCCCUUGUGUGAAAUGACAUAGUAUUUGUAUAUAACCUCCGUACAUCCUCCUAUAGGGUGACAUGUCAUGGGGGACACUUGGAGCUAGGACAGGAUUUGUAAACUAACAUUUCAAUCAAAAGGACCUGGAUUUCACUUAAGCACUGAGUUCUUGCUGUGUGCUGAUUGGUCAGUCUCCUAUAAUCAUGCAUGUGCCACUAAUGUUAAUGUGAAACAGCUGGAUGAGUCUCUCAAUCAAGGAAACAAACCAGUCAAAGCACAAGAACUGAACUAUUCAGCCCAGCAUAGGAGCCUUUCACUUUCAGAGCAGUUUGUAAAACAUGAAGCAGCUCGGAGUGUCAUUGCUGACAUGGAUUACCUGGUCACCCUAUCGUGCUGUAUACUUUAAAUCGGGAUUCCCAAAUCCUGGUCCUGGAGGGCCAGUUUGCAACACAGUUUACAAAAAAGGGACACAAUCGUUGUAAAACAAACAGUACAAGUGUUAUGAAGGGAUAUUUCAUUCUUUGUGCAUUAUUAAGUUUUUUUAAAAAGAGCUAUUCCGCUUUUAAACUUUUGUUUGAAUGUCUUCCAUGUCACUGAAAUCAAGAGGAAUUUAUUUCGCCGUUAGCAUCAGAUGUUGCCACCCCAGUACCUCAUUUAAAGCUCCACUUUGUGUCUCUCCUUCUGCCUUUGAAGUUACUGGUUUCCCACUGUUUUCCCCUCAUUAACAAUUAAGUGAAAUUGCAGUGUUUAUCCUCUGGACCCCUUCGUUUUUCCACGAUGGAGGGUGAAACGUGCAAGUGGUGUCCCAACUUGCUUUCCUAGUGAAUCCUUUUUCUUUUUUUUAAAUAUAAUUUCCUAGUUACUGUUAUUGUUUGCUUGCGCUAAGAAGAAAAUAAUUUCAUGCCCAUGGGCAAUCCCCCGACCCCCCCCCCCCCCCCCCCC